AUGAGUGCAUCGGUUGCUGAUCAGAACACCAAACCUUCAUCAUCAGCAAUCAAGCUAUUCGGGUUUUCGCUCAUGGCCGAUCCCUGUGAAGACGGAGUGGUGACAACGAAGAGCAAGAAGCAGUUUGUGUGUCACUACUGCGGUCGAGAGUUUGAGAAUUCUCAAGCAUUAGGUGGCCAUCAAAAUGCACACAAAAGAGAAAGGAAGCUAGCAAGAAUGGCCAUGUUGGAGCACGAGGAGGAUCAUCAGUAUCAGGAAUGCCAACACUUUCUUCCUCCUCAACGUAGUCAAGUACUGUUUCCAACCGGUGUCCGGUACCCCAGUAUAAACCCUAUGUUCGACACGAAAUCUGGCGAGUCCGCAACCCAGAAUUAUAUCGGCGGUGGUGCUGGUGCUGGUGCAGAUCGGGUACUGCUCCCUAACGAUUAUGAGGGAAAUGAUCAGGUCGACAUUGAUCUACGUUUGAGACUUUAA